AUGGAGGCUUACGUGGCAGGCCUGGAGGACGCCGUGGCAGCUGCCAACGUGUCAGCGGCCGCGUCUGACUCAGCAGCUGACGCCCUGCCACGUGUCAACCUCUCCUCUGUUGCCUCUGUGGCUUCAUUCUUCAUUUCUCGCGUAGACAGUGCUGUUGACAAGCGUCUCAAGGCCAUCGGCACAGAGGAAGCAUUGGCUCUGCUGGGGAAGGCAGCAGUGGCGCAGGCAGUGGUGGCGUAUGACAUGUUCAAGUCCAAGUUCAGCGGUCCCAGGUGGGAGGCUCUGGAGCAGCUGGGAGCGCGGGUGCAGCGGCCAUUGUGGGCGUCAACGGGUGUGAAAGAUCCAUCGUAUCCGGACACAAUUUACAUCGAUGCUUUGAUUGGUCCACACUCUGUCAACACCAUCCCUGACGCCACCUUUCUUGCCUUUGCAGACCAUGGGGAGGUGAAGCGCACUGUGGAUGCUGACGUGGAUGCUGCCUAUGCUGUGCUGGAUCGUCUCAAGGCUGUUGGAGUGGACAUGGAGGAAGUUGCCCAGGAGCUGGAGGCUGAUGGCGUUGACAGGUUUGCAAAAUCAUUUGAUGACCUGCUUGCUGCUCUUCAGCGUAAGGCCACCAUGAUACGUGACGGAAGCAUCAACUAG